UGGAGUGAGUGGUAGUAGGCUGAGCGCUUCACGCCGUGCGGUCGGUACAUCGAGAGUUAUUAUCAGAGCACAGACAUCGGCCGUCGCUCAUCCGGGUGGCGGGUCCAUUAGUCUGGGAUUUAGAGGCUCAUUCUUUUGAUUUGCGCUGCGAGCCGCAGCACAAUCUCGGCGUUACGAGCGAAAAAGGACUUUCUCCCUGUUUUUUUUUUACGCAUGGAUGGAGGGGCGCAGUUAGACGGGCAGAGACGCCACUGAGGAGCCGCUGGUGUGAAGUUUUGCAGAGGAGUGUCGUCCCGUGUCCCAGAGAUCAUGGCGGCAGGCACCCACUCCCCCGGAGGGCCCAAUGGCAUAAUCCGGAGUCAGUCGUUCGCCGGCUUCAGCACGCUACAGGAAAGGCGCUCACGGUGUAACUCAUUCAUGGGGAACUCGGCAGUGCAGAAGAAGACCCAGUCCAAACCCAAGAAGCCUCACCUGUCAGGCCACAAGAGCGGCAGCAGCUCCCGAGAGCCCCAACCCAAAAGACUGGAGGAGGUUUACACUGCGCUCAAACAGGGCCUGGAUGAGUAUCUGGAGGUGCACCAAACGGAGCUGGACAAACUCACCGUUCUGAUGAAGGACAUGAAGAGGAACUCUCGCCUGGGAGUGUUGUACGAUCUUGACAAGCAAAUCAAAACCAUCGAGAGGUACAUGAGGCGUCUGGAGUUCCACAUGAGCAAGGUAGAUGAGCUGUACGAGGCCUUCUGCAUCCAGAGCCGUCUGAGGGAAGGAGCCAGCAGGAUGAAGCAGGCCUUCUCCUCCUCUCCCUCCACUAAAGGCACCAAGGAGAGCAUCGCCGAGGUCAACCGCCGCUACAAGGAGUACACAGAGAACAUGAGCACCUUCGAGAGCGAACUGGAGAACCUGCUCGGGGAGUUCCACAUCAAAAUGAAAGGUCUUGCGGGCUUUGCCAGGCUCUGUCCUGGAGAUCAGUAUGAGAUCUUUAUGCGGUACGGCCGCCAGCGGUGGAAGUUGAAGGGGAAGAUUGAAGUGAACUCCAGACAGAGUUGGGAUGGAGAGGAGAUGGUCUUCAUGCCCCUCAUUACUGACCUUAUUAACAUCAAGGUGACAGAGCUGAAGGGCCUGGCCACUCACAUGCUGGUGGGCAGUGUGAUCUGUGAGACCAAGGAGCUGUUCACCGCCAUGCCUCAGGUGGUGGCUGUGGACGUCAACGACCUGGGCACCAUCAAACUCAACCUGGAGGUCACCUGGUUCCCCUUCGAUGUAGAGGACCUGACCCUGUCCUCUGGCAACGUGAGCAAGGCCGCGGCUCUCCAGAGACGGGUAUCAAUCUACAGUCAGGGCACACCGGAGACCCCCACCUUCCAGGACACCUCCUUCUUCUCCACCUUACCAGAUGAUGUCUUUGAGAAUGGAGGUUGCGGCGUGGCAGAGUGCAAACGUCUGUCCUUCACCUUCUCCGACACGUCCGGCUCCACGCCCAGCCCCAGCCCCGCUCCCAGCUCGCACUCCCCAGGCCAGUCCAACCCUGAGAUCACCGUCACACCCCCAGAAACAGACCCACAAUCACAAAUCCUCCCAACAAGAGAGGAUUCAAUUGCAGAGGAAAAUGUCAUGGAGGAAGAGGAGGAAGAGGAAGAAGAGGAUGGGGAGACGGGAAGUAGAGGAAGCAGGGCCAGUGGCGGCAGCGGCAGCCUCGCCAGCGAUGAAGCUGAAGUGGUGGAAGACUCGGAGUGGGAACGCACAGAAUCCCAACGAAAUUCUGGCUCCCACUGCGGCUCGGCCGCCCCGUCCCUGUGCUCUGACGGCCACCUCUCUGCAGUGGCUCCUGAGGAUGUUUUCCUGGACCACGCUGACGAGCUCAAACCCGUGGAGCUUGACACAGAGGAGGGAGGCAGCCUGACCAGGCAACUAGUGAGGAGGUUGACUUCUUCAGAAAUUGUGCCGCAGAGUGGGAGCUCGGAUGGAGGAGGUGGAAGCUUGAGCUGGGCAGGGGAGGGAAGCCGGGCCUUCUUGGAGAGCAGCCUGGAGGAAGCCAUCCAGAGCCUUCUGCUUAGGCUGGAGUCUCUGACUCAGCGCUGCCGUGAGCUUCAGGACCUGGAGCAGGAAGUGAUGCGCCUGGAGGACCUGCUGAGAUGUCGUCUCCCGGGCCACAGGAGCCGCUCGUCCAGCCUCAGUCUGACGGUGGAGAGCGCCCUGGAGAGCUUCGACUUCCUCAACACCUCCGACUUCGAUGAUGAGGACACUGGAGACGAUAAUGCCAACCUCACCAUCCCUGCACAGAGGUCUCCUCUGUUUGACAUGGACGGAGACAGGAUCGGGGGCCAACAUCCAGAAGCCAGGGGCCACCUGAGUGAAGCCCUGACAGAGGACACAGGGGUGGGCAACAGCGUGGCCGGCAGCCCGCUGCCCCUCACCACCGGAAACGAGAACCUGGACGUGGCCAUCGUCAUCCAUCUGCAAUACUGUAAUCACCUCAUCCAGUUGUUGGGCAGUGGGGUUGGUGUGUGGCAGCGUCGCUGUCUGCUCCACAAACUGUCGGGCCAGACUCAGCUGCUCGAAGAGCUCGGAGAGAUCAGCGUGGACAGACUGGGAGCCAUCACAUCUGCUGCUGAUGUUCUCCCGGGGCUCGCAGAGCGCCCUGGGCUGAUGACUCUGUGGUCAGAGUGUAGCGGAUCAGUGGGACUUUUCCACACCACACUGGACAGAGUGUUCAAACACAUGAAUCAGCGCUACACAGCAACGCUGCAGGAGAGACACCCACACACUGCUGACACAGUAAUUGGUGUCGUAGUAGGCGAGAUGGUGGACCGGAGUGACUUGGCAGCAGCGACGGUGCACUCCCCCUGUCCGCCUGCCCCUGCACUGUCCCAGGACGUCCUCACCGUGUUUCAGUUCCACAGCUACGUCUUGCAACAUGGUGUGCAGGAUAUGGAGACACACCUGCUGCAUCUGGCCAGAGAAGAGGUGUUUGCGGAGGCCCUGUGCAGUGGAGAUUGUACGCGGUGUCUGUCGGAGCUGGAGGAGGUGUCGGUGCCAUCCUUGUGGCCCAGAAGCAGCACCCUGAGGGCCCUGGCCUCCCUGCUCACUGCAGAGGACCUGCAGCUCAGCAAGGCGGCGGCUGACUACCUCUCCUCCGCAGCCUCACACUCCCACUUCAGGACAAAGGCGGUGGAGUGCUACACCCAGGCGCUGUCAGAGGCAGGUGUUCAGAGCCAGAGGGCUGCCUGUUCAGCUCUGAGCUGUCUGCAGGCAGUAGAGAGUAUCAGAGCUGUGGUCGCCCUGUGUGAUUCAGCUGAUGAGGAGCUACGCCACGUAGCCAUAGAAACCCUGCUCACACUCGGAGAGGAGGGUCGGCUGGCGUACGAGCAGCUGGACACGGUCCCGGGGGAAAUAGUCCGUCUGGGCACACGGCGAGGCAACGCCGUCACCACUGCUUUCUGAGCCGCUGUGCCACCCCCGACAUCAGAAAUGAUCACCCUUACCCAUCUAGCGAAGAGAGCACUGUCCUUUCUCCCAGCCUCAGCCCACCCCUCACUCCUCACAGCGCUGUCGAUGAUUGAUCAUCACACUGAUCUACUCAUUGUUACAAGAUGUUGAUCAGUGAUCUCAACCUGUUUGAUCACAGGGGUGCACAGACUGAAUAUCCCCACACUGCUGCCACCACUUUUGAUCACAGCUCUGGUUAAUACUGCCUCCCACACAGAUCUAACACCAAACAACUGUCUUAACCACAAAGACAUACACACCCCACGCCCCCCACGCCACACACACACUCCUCACCUCAAACUUCCACACUCCUUCCUGCACUCCCC